ACAGUCUGAAUGAUCUGAUUGUUCCUUACACGUGCAGCCUACGUGUUCUGCAUUGGCAGGCGUGACGCAUUGUGACCGAUAUUCUGAUAGUAUCGCAUAUAAACCACAAUGUCUUGAUGUUAGAGACGAUAUUCAGUACUAGAUCGUGUUCAGCGUUGAUCCCCAUCAUGCAGAAGAUUCCUCUUUUCGUGCUCCUCUGUCUCUGUGGACUUCUUUGCGUAUCGGGAGCCAUACUCAGAUGCCCAGCCGUGUGUGCCAUCUAUUGUCCGAAUGGAAACGUUCUGGACCAUCGUGGAUGCCCCACCUGCAGGUGUCGAACAGAACCCCGACCCACAUGCGGACCAGUGUGUCUCAUCUAUUGUCCGAAUGGAAACGUUCUGGACCAUCGUGGAUGCCCCACCUGCAGGUGUCGACCAGAUCCCCCACCCACAUGCGGACCAGUGUGUGCCAUCUAUUGUCCGAAUGGAAACGUUCUGGACCAUCGUGGAUGCCCCACCUGCAGGUGUCGACCAGGUCCCAUCUACGCAUAACCAGGGUUCCAGUGCAAACUGUGCAGCCGGGACGGAUUUGCCAGAGAUCAAUGUGGAUGUCCUGUGCGCGCGCUUUGAAUCGCCCUUCUUCUGUGUAAACCAAUUCAUUGAAUAUGACGAUAUGAAAUUAUUUCGUCACAUUCCCAGUUUAUCUAUACUUACACAAAUAUCUGAAUAAACAAUGUGAAUUAUGGAAAUUUAGAAA